AAUUCUUUUACUUGUUUCAUAAUUUUCAGUUUUUAUUAUUUUUUUAUGACGAUUAUUUGAAAUUCAGUUAUGCAUAUCGAUCAAUGGAAACAGAAACAUGGAUAUUAAUCACACAAGAAAAUAUUGUGCAGAUGUGAAAAAUGUAAGACAAUGGUUGCAUUCAACAAAAACAAGAUGCGAAUCUUUGAAAUCCCACAUGGAAUAUAUGAAAAUGUUAUAUCAUGACAUACCACAAAUACAAAAAUCUGAUGGAAGCGCGAAUGAUCUGAGCUCUGAGAAUUCAAAAACAGAGAUCUCUGAUAAUGAAAUUACAAUUUCAAAACAGAUAAACCCUAAUAAUAUUUCAGAAGAUUUUCUUGAUAUUCCAUGUACAUCUAUAAAUGAUGAUGGUAAUUAUCAACAGCACGAAUUGUGCUUAAGUUCCAACUUAGAAAAUAUAAUAUCAAAAAUUAACAUGCAAUAUAAAGAAGAUGAAAAAAUGGAAAGCUCAAAUGUACAAAAAGAAACAGAAGUUGAAUUAUCUACAGAUACACCUAGAACAUACAGUGUUCCACAAAGUACACGAAUUCAAUCAAGACCAUUAUCACCAAUUUACAAAGAAAAUAUGUGUAGUGAGCAAAAUCAUUAUUUGCAAUAUCCAUAUCAAAAGGAUUUAGCACAAUAUUCUGCAGAACUGGUGGAAGAUGCUGGGAAACCAAACAAGUUAUUUGAGCAAUUAGUUUUGGAUAAUCAAAAUGAAUAUUUGCUUCAAGAAUUGUCUUCUGCAAGAGAUAAUAUUAAAUUAAAUACUAUUGGAAGUAUAAAAAAUGAGUCACCAGGUAAAAACAAAAUUUACACAAAAACUGAGAAGAAUGAUAAAGCAGGUUCUUCCACAUUAUCGAGUAAAAAAGGUUCCUCGAGUAAGUUAGACAAUAUUGUUUCGACAAAACUUAAAAGACGCAGAAGAAAAUUACAUUGUUCUAAUUCGAAAAGUACCGUGACCACGAAAGAUACAAAUCUUUUAGGAAGAAAGGAUACAAAAAAGCGAAAACCAAAAAAUAGUACAAUUAAUAGUCAUCCUGGCAAGCCUCAACAGACUUCGAAUGAAGUAGUAGAAAUUUAUCACAACAAAGCAGCAACAAGUGGUAGCACUUGUGUUAUUUCUAGUAAACGUUCGAAACUUGAUCGUCACACAAACAACACGAAUGUAUUAUCCUCGGCUAAAAAUAAAAAACAAUUUCUAAAUAUAAAGCCGAAAUGUGAAGAUGAUGACUUCCAACACAAGUGUGACAUUGAUGAAAGUAGUCAACAAAAUAAUUCUCAGAAGCAAUAUGUAUCUAAAGAUGAAAUAGAAAAUAUUUCUGCUUUUAGAAGUAGAACGAAUACUUCAAAUAGAAAUUGUGAUUUGGAAGUUCCAGUGUCCCCUGCAUGUACCAUGGAGAAAUGUAAUUCACACCAGUAUGAGCAUUCAAUUCUGCAAACAUCAUAUUGUGAUCCAUUGAUUACCCAUAAUUAUGAAAUGCCUACACUGGCUUCAAAAUUAAAAAGAGCAAAUCGUUCAUACUUUGGUAGAUUCAACUUUAGAAAUAUACCCUUUGUAGUUGGUACUUCUGUGACACCAAGUCAUAAUUUAGGUUUAAAUAUUCAGCAAGUUUUAAGCAUUAUGAAAACGAAGCAACCUACAAUAAGUGGAAUCACUCCACUUCUCAUUCGUAAAGUUAGUCGAGGUAUGAAACCUGUAUCUCUUCUGAUGGAGCAAAUGAAUGAUCAAUGUAGUAAAUUAUCUUAUGUAAAUACCCGUAUGAAUGGUAUGCAUAUGCAAAAGGAAAAUUCAUUCGUAAAUCAAAAUGACAGUUUACUAGAAAAUGAAAACGCAUCUUUAAAAUAUAAUAAAAAAAGAUUAAAUGAUUUAAAUAUAAAUUUGAAGUCAACCAUAAAACGUUAUCAGGAUAUACAAGAAAUGGUUAAAGGGAGUGCGUACACGUACGAAAAUUAUCAUACGGAAAAGGAUACUAAAUCAGAAAAUCAAUUAAAUACACUUAGUAGCACACAAGUGCUGCAAAGUACAGACAAUACUAAAGUAUUGAAGCUAUUUGCUUCCCAACAAAAUUUAAAGUUAGGAGAUAAUGUAAAUGAUAAACACCUUUAUAACACUUCAUCAAUUGAGGAUUGUAAAAAUUCGAAAGGAAUACGAGAGGUUCUAGUUCAUCUUCAUGAUCAGUUUGAAGAAAUGAAUAUAAAAUACGAAAAAUUGCAAGCAAAGGCAAAAAAAUGUACUGAUAAAGAUUUGGAAGAAGAGAUCAUAAGCCUUGAAAAAGAAUUGAAUGCUAAAGAGGAUGAGAUAAAUGCUGUUAUCAAUUUAUAUAAAGAAGUAAUGGCAUUAAAACGUCAAAUGAAACUAUUGCAAGAAAAGAAUAGUUACGUUUGUAUAUCAACUGAAAUACCACUGCAAUCAAAUAAAGCGUAUUCCACCACGCCGUUCACUUUAACCAAAUCUGAUGGAACAAAUGGCCAACAUAAAUUAUAUCAUAGGCGAGGGACUAGUGUUAUUUCAACAAGAGAACCUACUUCUAUUCGAUUAGCUGGACUUUUACGGCAAAUUCAAACGUUUCAAAAACAAUUGAAAUUAUCGUCGUAAUAAG